AACCUGUCGUCUAUCGUCAGUGUUAUUGAAUCUGUCGUGUGGGUUGUUGCUUACAAACGAGUCUAUUACCGUUACUUCAUUUUGCUAACUGUUGCAUCAAGCACACAAACGAAGCAUGAAUUAUAAACACAAUCUUGUAACAAAAAAAAUGGCAGAAGCCAAGGAAGUCACAUGCAAUGUUGUGUCAGAAGAUACCCCACAUCUUGAAGUCCUAGAUCGUGUGAAAAAUAUUCCUGUUAUACAUUCAGCAAUCGAGAAAACAGGAUCUACAUAUUCUUAUUUGAAAGAUUCUAAUCAUUUGAUCAACUGGGCACUCAGUUAUGCUGAAUCUGGCCUCCACUAUGCUACUGCUACAGCUGCUCCCAUUGCUGCACCUAUAGCUAAAAAAUUUGAAGGACAAAUCACUGCGGUAGAUCAGAAAUUGUGUGAAGGUUUAGAUAUAGUUGAAGAAAAAGUACCCAUUAUGAAAAAGCCUCCUCAACAGAUUUAUGAUGCAGCCAAAGCAGUAAUGAGCAGCUCCCUACAACCAACAAUUGAUAAACUGUACACUGCAAAAGAAUCAGCAACCCAACAAGCAUCCACGCUCAAAGAAAUUAGUAUAGUAAAGGCUAAUGAAUUGCUAAACACACAGUAUGGAAAUAUGGCUGUACAAGGUGUAGAUAAUACAAGUGUUCUCAUUAAUCGUUUAUUGGAUCGCUAUUUUCCACCAGUUGAAGGAGAAGAAAACAAACCUGUUCCGGUGUCGGCUGAUGAAAACAAAGUUUUACACGCAGUACAAACCAUUGGUCAAUUAUCAUCGAAAACUGCCAACAGAGUAUACCAUUCGGUCGCAGCACAAUUAAAAACCGUGAAAAAAGAAGACGUGACAUCGUACAUAUCUAACGUUGUAUCUAUACUUCAUCUAACACAUUUCUUAAGUUUAAAUGACAAACAGAAUGAUAAGGAAGCACAAAGUCCAACAGAGGGAAAUAAAGGGAACAAAUAAAUUGAUGAUAUAUUUGUGUUAGUAUUUAUAUACUAAUGUGUAUAAGAUUUUAUUACUAAAAAUAUUAUUUUAUAUAAUCUUUUACAGAAUAAUUGUAUAUAAGUGAAUGAAUAGAACACCUAAUAUGGUAAAUUGCUCUUUUUCAACUAGGAAUGUGAAAAAAAAAAUAUCUAAAUUCAUUUUAAUCAUUAGAUUGCGGAUGUUUAUGCAAUUAUAACAUAUCAAAAUAUACAAAGUAUAUGUAAAGCUAUUAAUAAUUUAUUUGUCAAUUAUUUUACAGGCUGAUUUUGAACAUGGUAAUCAACUAGUGGAAUACAGUAAAAUCUCUCUAGUUGUCCUUUUGUUGCCCUGCUCAUAGUAUCCACCGGUUUCGUCCUACGUCUAGGUAUGUCUCAUCCAACAUUUAUAUUCUCUUCAUUGGAGUCAGUCACGCAACACGCGACGCGGCUUCUUUGGUAAGAGUUCAGUUUAUAAUAAAGAAAUAAGUUUCUUAAUUUUACUUUUUUUUACAAUUAAACAAUUAGAGAGAUUUUACUGUAUGCACAAAAUAUGUGCAUGCUUUACGCAAAAUAAAUAUCUAUAUUUUUAGAAUCAUCUAAUAACAAAAAAAUGUUUUUCUCUACAGCUCAGUUAUAAUAUACAAAUGCGCAUUUACAUAAACAUCCGCAGAUAACUAAUUAUAUUAUUUCAGUUGAAUAUUAUACAAAAUUUCAUGCUAUCCUUGGAUAUAAGAGUUAUUGUUCAUGGUACAAAACACUCAAUUUAAAGUUUAGGAAACUUUUAUAUUGUAAUAUCUGAAAUAUGUAUUUGCGCUUUAUAUUUUUUGUAUACAAAGCGUUUGCAAGUAUUAUAUUAGAGAAUAUAUAUUUGAAUAUUUUUCUCGUA